GUGUUUAGUUGCCCUCAGCUACGUCUCCCAGGUCGUGUACCGCCCAAAUGCUUGUGUUUAACUCAACUAACCACAAUUUGGGAAAUUUAGGUUUUGAAUGCAGCACAUUGUUUUUACAGUCGUAAAAAUCUGGACUAUGGUUGGGAUUUUACGCAUACAAGGGUCAAAUCAGUGAGACGUUAUUUCUAUGAAGCAAGGGAGAAGUUUACUUCCUGAGAGUCGUAGCCCUGAGCAUAGUGUCCCAUAAUAGAGUAGGUCACAAUCGCAGCUGCCACUGGGAAUGCUCUAGCUCUAUAGUCCCACUGUCUAUCAGACUGAAGAGUAAACUACCAAGUGGGCUAGUUAGCUAAUCAGGUGCUAAGUCAGCCAAGUUGCGGGCAAGCAGUGUUGUACCUUACUCGUGUGGGUUGACGUUAUAAUGGUUGGAACGCACGCGCUAGCCAAAACGAAACGGCUAGCAACAGCUGAAUGAAGCAGUAGGUCGUUGUUUGGAUUGUUUUUAAUUAGCGUCUAGCUAACGCGGAAGGAAUCCGCACAGAGUAAUCAAUGGUUAGCAUAACAUAACGGACAUAAUAGCCAGCUCAGUUUACAUAGGAUUUCCUCUUGAAUCAAAGGAUGUCUAAACGCCUUCGAAACACCGAACUCUGCGCUGAUUGCAGUCUUCCAGAACCUCGCUGGGCCUCGGUGAACAGGGGCGUGUUGAUUUGCGAUGAGUGCUGCAGCGUUCAUCGAAGUCUGGGCAGACACAGCUCACAAGUCCGCCACCUGACGCACACACCCUGGCCUCCCACGCAGCUACAGAUGGUUCAAACAUUAUACAGCAAUGGAGCAAAUUCAAUAUGGGAGCACUCUCUCCUGGACCCUGCGUCUGUGAUCAGUGGAAAACGCAAGGCCAACCCUCAGGACAAACUGCAUCCAAACAAAUCAGAGUUUAUAAAAGCCAAAUAUCAAAUGCUGGCGUUUGUCCAUCGCAUGCCUUGCCGGGAGGAUGACAGCUUGACAUCCAAGGAUUUAAGCAAGCAACUUCACUCAAGUGUUCGCACAGGGAAUCUGGAGACUUGUUUGCGGUUGCUGUCACUGGGAGCACAAGCUAAUUUCUUUCACCCAGAAAAAGGGAACACUCCCUUGCAUGUAGCUGCAAAGGCAGGACAAGUAUCUCAGGCUGAACUGUUAACUGUUUAUGGGGCAGAUCCUGGAGCUCCUGACAGCAAUGGCAAAACUCCCAUCGACUUUGCAAGGGAAGCUGGCCAUCAUGAGCUGGCGGAUAGAUUGGUGGAAGUUCAGUACGAGCUAACUGAUCGACUUGCUUUCUACCUGUGUGGGAGAAAACCAGAUCAUAAAAAUGGCCAGCACUUCAUUGUACCGCAGAUGGCUGACAGCAGUUUAGAUUUAUCAGAACUGGCCAAGGCAGCGAAGAAGAAACUGCAGUCUCUAAGUAAUCAUUUAUUUGAGGAGCUGGCCAUGGAUGUGUACGACGAGGUGGACAGACGAGAGACCGAUGCAGUGUGGUUGGCUACACAGAAUCACAGCACCCUGGUUACGGAGACCACCGUGGUGCCUUUCCUUCCGGUGAAUCCAGAGUACUCAUCAACACGAAACCAGGGACGACAGAAGCUUGCAAGAUUUAACGCACAUGAAUUUGCAACUCUUGUGAUUGACAUAUUAAGUGAUGCUAAGCGCAGACAGCAAGGGAAUUUAAUAGCCAGUCCCAAAGAUAAUGUUGAAUUUUUCUUGAAGAGUGUGGCUGUCAGACAUUGUAGUGACAGCCAGGACAACGACCAGCCAGAUUACGACAGUGUGGCCUCCGAUGAGGAUACAGAUCAAGAGCUCCCCUCGAGCAAAGGAGAUCGGACCAAGAGCCUGGACUCUGACCUCUCAGAUGGCCCGAUUACUAUGCAUGAAUACAUGGAGGUGAAAAACGCGCUCUCUGCCUCUGAAGCCAAGAUCCAGCACCUCAUGAAAGCCAACAGCAACCUGAGUGAGGAGCUGAGGCUGAUGCAGAAAAAGCUACAAUCUCUGCAAAGCGAGAACACCUCUCUCAGGCGGCAGGUCACAACCAAUAUCUAUCAGAUCCCCAGCGGUUCAGACUAUCCUGACCCCUCCAGCCCCUCAGCCCUGAAACGCCGGCAGUCUGCGCGGGCCAGUCGGCCCAUGUCUAUGUAUGAGACCGGCUCAGGCUUGAGGCCCUAUCUCCCUAAAGGGGAAACUCCCUACCCAGAGGAGGGUAUCCCCACCCUGCAACCCUUCCCACCUCAUGCCUCAAAAUUAGAGAAGCAAAGCAGCAUGCCAGAAAGUGACUAUGACAACACAUUCAAUGACUCUGAGAUGGAUGAUUCAGGUUCUUGCAGAAGAGCGAGGCUGAGGACCAGUGGCUGGCUGGAGGGCAGCUCUAUCCCUGAGCUGGAUGAUCUGGAAAUGGAGUCGGACCCCACUCUUCCCAGCACGGAGGACGUCAUCCGCAAAACUGAGCAGAUCACCAAGAAUAUCCAGGAGCUGCUGCGAGCUGCUCAGGAGAACAAACAUGACAGCAGACCAUGUGAACGCGAAGGUGUGCGUCGGCUCAGGCACAGCCUGGGAUGUUUCAGCACUCUGGUGCCCUGGGCUGAGAAGGCUCCCCCUCCCCUUCAGCCGCUCAGCCUCCGGUCCCCUGACCCCACCUCCUGCUUCAUUCCCUGCUCAGAAAGAAUACAUGUGGCUGUAACAGAAAUGGCUGCCCUCUUUCCCAAGAAGCCACGCUCGGAGACUGUGAGAGGCUCUCUGCGCUUGUUGACCUCCAGCGCGUACCGGCUUCAGAGCGAGUGCAGGAAGGCGGUGCCUUCAGAGGGCUGCCCGGGACCGGACAUGCAGCUGGUCACCCAGCAGGUCAUCCAAUGUGCUUAUGACAUUGCCAAGGCGGCCAAGCAGCUUGUAACCAUCACAACGAAGGAGAAUACCAACUAAGAGCACUUACAAGGCUGCAAAGCCAUCAGCAUCUCAGUUUUGUUCUUAUAUAUACUGUAUUUUUAAUGAUUUCUUUGUUGUUUUUUUUGUAUUUGUGGUAUAUGCAUGCAUUGUUUUUUUAUUUAUGAAUAAGUAUUGACAAUAUUUAAAGCCAACUCUGGACAAAAUCUGAGCAUUAAGGACAAAAACAAUCAGAAAGUUUACUUAUGGAUACCAAGUUGUUGUAAUAGCACAAUUUGUCUUGAGAUAAAAGAACAACAACCACCAAAACAACAACAAAUCGUGUUACAGCAGCUAGCUAUCCUGGGAACUCAUGUUUUUUGAAGUUACUCUUUGACAAUUAGAGUAAAACUAUCCCUUAGUCACAUACCUAUAAUCUUUAAUCCAUAAGUCCAUAAUGUAUAUACCUUUUUAUUGAGAGGAAGAAUUAAGCACACUACAGUAAAUCCACAUGGAGCUAUCAGUUAAUGUUAUCAGUCCAAAGACAGACAUGGAUGCUGAAAAGCCAUAAAUGACUCAUAAAUCCUGUCACUGAAUGCUUUUGCUGUCGUUCUUGUAGCUAAAGGAGCUUCCUCUCAUGAAUUGCACUGUGCAAGCAUUGUCAUACUGUAAAGUUCUAUCUCCAAAAACAAACUGACCAUUUAGCCAACUUCCUUUUAAAUGUUCGUAGACUUCAUUUAUGCACACCCUGUAGCUCUACAAAGCUAACGUUUGUUGCAAUCGAAGAAGCUAUUUAUAUAGUUUGUCCCCUGUCCAAGUAAUCUGGUCUGCAGUGCACUUAUUGCAGCUAUUUAUGUAUGCCCAUUUGUCAAGCCAGUGAAUGCAAAUAACUCUUGUUCAGGGGCCAAGUUAUAUUCUUCACCAGCGCCAAGAUGUUGUAUUAAGUUAAAAUGAUUUGGUGUUUCUAACAGGCUCCACGCAGCAUCGUAUUCUGCGGUCUUGUGUGCCAUUGCAGUGUUGGUGAUGUUAUUCAGAGCUAAUAGCCAUACUGUAUUUAUGUCCAUGUGUUUUGUGCUCUGUUCUGUUGCUGCUAGUUUUGUAUUUAAUGUGCGACAAAUGGGAUAGAACGGCAAGCGUUUCCUGUAUAACUGCAACCCAACAUUCAUCCUCACUGAGUGUUUCAGAGUUCAUUGUCUUUUUGAAAUCUGAUUAAGGUAAUGUCCCUCUCUGUACCUGACUGGAGUGCAGGGAUGUAUGUGAUGCAGCUGUUAAGUUGCACAGAAAAAUAAUUAUUUUCUAAAUAAACUUAAUUUAUAAUUAAAACCUGCAGUGUUUUGCCGGACUUUGUAUUACUCAUGUUGUACUUUUUGUUGUCUAAAUACAAAAUACUGAAAUUAUUUGUUUUACUUGUUUUAUUGAAAACAAUCUACAAAUUCAGGAUAGAAAAUAUACAGCUCUAAAAGUGCAAAAAAAAAAAAUCCAUCAAUUAUUUUCUACACAUGCAAACCUUAUUUACAUCAAGAUGACCUACAUGAAUGUUUCAGUCUUCAUUAAAAGAGACAUUUUUUUCCAAAUCUGUCUUAAAACAAUAGU